GCUCAGAGGAUAUUUUGGACACCCUUAUUGCCCUGGGCUAGUACCCCAUUUAAUAUACCCUCACAACCCUUUGCAAGGGCCCCAUUUUUCAGACCUUUUCAGUAAUGAUUGAAAGAUUAAAUUUUGACUUUCUGUUGAUAGGAUUAAAUCUUUAUUCCUCCCUAAUUCGUUCAUUGCAUUCAGACAAUUGUGCAUUUCACAUACAGGAUUUAAAAAGCGGACCUAAUUCCAUGUGCAGCUUUAGGCCUGGCUGCAAUUAUAAUACCCCAGAUUUAAAAGUUAUAAAGAUUUAAAGAAUGAGUCUCGAGACUUUAAAGUUACAAAUCUGCACCUAGUUGACGAAGUGGGAUUUUAAUACCAUAUCAGCAUAGUGUUGAAACAUUUAAAUAAUACUUUAAAAAAUUACAAAUCAGUACAAAGUUGUCAGACUGGGGGUUUGAAGGCUAUCAAAUAAUUUAGCCAUUGGAAGAUUUAGAUACCGGCUUUACGUAAUAAAUCUGAUAAAGUUUGGACUCUGUUAUAUCUAGGUGAAAUUUAAAUUUCGUUCAUUUAAAUUCGAGAAAAGUUGAAUGAAAGAAAAGAGGAUUUAACCGUUUUUAGUGAAUGGAUUUGAACUUUCAUUGAUUCGAUGGGAAUAUGAAUGAGUAGAACGAUCGUGUAUUAAAUCACCCCAGGCCGUCAGAACUAUGUGGAAUUAAAACUUUGUGGAAUUAUGGAUAAAGGAAUUGUAUAAUUCAAAAUGAAAAAAGUGGAAAAUCGCAGACAGGAGAAAGUUUUCGUGCCGGCUGCUACAAGUGAUAUUAAGGGUAAAUUGAGAAUGUCUAGAAAGAGACGAGAAGAAACAUUAAAACGGGUCACAUUUCCAAACUGUGACUCUGAUUCGUCAACGGAUUCCAGUAUAGAAUAUGAGGAUGUGUUGGAAAGAAAGAUUGAAGAACUCAGUCGACAUUUGGCAGAGGAAAAACAAGUUUCAAGAAGAGAAAAGAUUCAUGUUGCCAGGUUACAUAGGGAACUAGCAAGAUUUAAAGGGGACAAAGAAGUAAAAGAGAAGGACAACAUUCUGAAAGAUUUGGAGAGAGAAAGAAUGCUGAGAGCUGAUGCUGAAAAAAAGCUACGAGAGCUCACCAUAGAAACAGACCAAUCUCAUUCCAGGUUGCGUCACAUCCAAACAGAAUUUCAAAACAUGGAGCAAGCCGUUUCCCAGAUGAUGCAGUUUAAAUCGAAGAUAGAUCAGUUAAAACAUGAAAAGUCCAGCCUCUCUAUGCAGUAUGAGAAUAAUCUUCAGAAGUAUAACAGUCACAUCAGCAGUUUGGAGAGAGAAAACAUCAUGUUACUCAACGAUGUCAAAAAGUUUGAACAACAGAUGAGUAAUGGCACAGACCAAGAGAGGACUAAGUUACUGUUAGAACGAUUGAAGAUGUUAGAGGCAGAAAACUCAUCACUGGUACUAGAAAAUGAACAACAACGACAACAGUAUGAAAAAUGUCUGGAUGAGAUCGCUAAUCAGGUGGUACAGGCAUUACUCGCUCAAAAGGCUCUCAGGGAAGAAUGUGUGAAGUUACAGACCAGAGUUCAAGAUUUAGAAUUUCAGAACAAAGAACUGAAUUGUCUAUUCCAACAGAAAGUGAAAUACUCAUCAGAUACUGUUCUGCAAUCUCUACCACCCAGUCAGACAGUAUCUACCAGUACAUUAUGUGAGAGUACAGGGUAUUACAAUAGUGUUUGUAGUCUUCCACCAUCAUCAUCUGUAGAAACUAUGCACAUCACGUCCACUUCACAUAGUAUUGUACAGUCCACUGCACUUAUGCAUCACCCUUCCACAAGCACAGACUCUCUACCCAGUUCAGACAAUGCAUUUGAAGACUGUAAUACCCUAACCAAUACCAAAUGUAAUUCACCAAACUGUGGAACUAAUUGUGACAAUAGAAAGUGUAGGACAAAAAUAGAAACAGAAUUUCCUGCAACGAAUUCUAGUCCGAAAAUGAAGCAUGUUAGUGUCGUAGAGCGUGCAAGUGAAAAAGCCAAACAACGAAGCUCUUCCACGUCAUCGUUAAAUACAGGAAGUAAAAUCAGGACGUAUAGAUCUAAUUCAACAAAUGCAUCAUUAGGGAAAAGUAAAAUUGUCCCUCCUGGUAAAAUUUCUCAGAGUUCAUCAAAUGUAUCAGCCAGUCAGAUAGAAACUACUGUACAAAUAAACCAAUCAGAUUCAAGUGUUAAACGAAGAAGCCUGUCUCAACCAGAUCAUAUCAAUAAAACUGUAACAAAUGUAAACCAGUCAAAAACUGGUACAAAGCCUACAAGAACUGAAUUGAGUAAAUCGUCAAGUAAGUUAAAUUCAAAAUUACAAAAGUCUUCAAGUUCGUCAAGUAUACCAACGAAAAAGACGAGUAAAUCUCAAUCAUCACUACCUCAAUCCACGGGAUCACAAAGUCGACUUCCGCAGAAAAAGACAGAACAAGACUCAGGCAGAAAAAACUCAGGACAAUUAACUCAUGGAAAUUCUAACUCAAGAGUGCCUAAAACUGUACCUUCUACUAAAACUCAGGGAUCAUCUGUAUCGAAACUCAAUCAAACUAGUACUCAGUCUGAUAUAAAUACAAAACUAAGGGAAGUAACUCCUACAAAUAAUCAGCCAGCUAGAGUACCAUCAUUUCCAAACGGCCAGUAUUUUUAUGAUUAUAGUGACGAAGAUAGUGAUAUUAAUCGUCCAAUCUCAGGAUGUAGUAACGGAUCAACGAUUUCAAUUAACGAAAUUUUAGAUGAUGAUGAUGAUACGGAUACAUUAUUAGAUGCAGACUUUACUGCAGAAAAAUUUGCUUUUUUUGAAACUCCACAAUUUAUGCAAGCUGAAGAAAAGAAAAAGGAAAAAGCUAGAAAAAAGAAGGAGAAAUCUAUAUUUUCUAGUUUACGUGGCAAACCUGAUAUUGUUAAGGAUACAGAAUAUAGUGAACAAAAGAAUAAAAUUAAAAGUCCACGUUCACAUAGACGUAGGAGCUCAUUACCACAUUCUAAUAAAACAAAACAACCGAAUCGACCUUCGUCACUUGUGUUGAAUUCAAAAGACAAAAAUAACAUGAAACACGGAUAUAGUUCUUCAAGCUUGAGUAGUAGUGAGAGUGAUGAAAACUGGUCCCCACAAUUUGCAAGACAGUACCAGUUAAAACUGUACAAAGCUCGCAAUAAAUCAGGAAGUAGUGAAAGUGGAAGUAUGUCUGGUUCCUUGUCGGAAAAGACCCAGUUGAAAUCGUCACAGGAACUAACACCUACCGUGAGUGAAAAAUCAUUCGGUUCUCAAACUGAUGCUAGGGACAAGGAUAUUUAUAGAGAGGUGAUUGUUGUAAAAAAUAUUGAUAAUUCAAAUGUUAACUCUCUGAAUAGGAAAAGAGGACCUCCGCCUCCUAUUCCUAAAAAACCUCCAAUAGCUGGCCGCCGCUCACCUGGAAUUAUAAUGGGAAUACAAUCCCCUGGAUUACGUAACAAAACCCUCUCAACUCACCAAGAAUUGAGCUUAUUGAGACCUCAUGAAUUCAAAACUGGUGUGUUUGAUAAUGUUGAUGCUAUUCAUUCAGUUAGUGUUAUUGCUGAACAAACAGUUAAUCAGACUCAUAAAUACAUGUCGUCUGAUUCUAGUUUCGAAAGCGUGAAAAAUGAAAAAGUGGAAAGAUCCGGAAGUAAAGAUGAUGGAUAUUCAACUAUGUCUAGUGAUAUUCAACCAGAGAUGUUAGAAAAGUUUAGUGAUUCUUCAUUAAAAAGAGAUGCUAUAUUUCGAAACGAUUUUCAGGUUAGAAACGAUAUGACUGUGAUGCAUGUUACAGAUUCUAGUCACAAAUUUGUUAAUUGUGGGACUUCUCCAUUGGACACAUCUGCUGUGAAUUCAAAUUCUCCAAAACGUUCCUCACCCAACAUGCAAGAUAAAAGUGGAGGGUAUAAUUCAUUAGGAAGAGUUAAAGCUAUGAAACAAAUGUUUGAAGCAGAAUGUCAAAAACAAAAUGAUACUUGUAAAAGAUUUCCUCUUCGAAAAUCAUUUUCUGUUGAUAGUAAAUUAGGGCACAAUGAAAAAACUUUAAACCGCAGAUCUCUUGGUGAUGAUGUUCAACUUAAUGUUACUGAAAUUGACGAGACUGAAUCUAGAAAUCGGUCAUCGUCGUGGGAAAACAAAUCUGAUCAUGUGACCAAUUCUCUGCAUCAUAAUGAUACUGCAGAUGUCUUGGACAAGGACAAUAAAUAUUCACAAAAAAAACAACAAAUUGAGGAAAGAACAAAUGCAAAGGAACAAGAUCAUUAUGUCUCAAAACUUGAUCAUGUGACUUUGACUUCUGAUCAUGUGACAUCAUCUUCCAGAAGUCACAUGACAUCAGACAGGAAUUCUAUUUAUCACAUGUUAAAUGAUAGUGAGGAGAACUUUCUUUCUGACAUUCCAGAAGAAAAAGAAGAUUACGGAGAAAUGUCAGGAGCUUCUAAUGAAAAAUUAUUAGAUUUUCCUGUGAGAAAAACAAUUUCGAAAAAAGACCAAAUAUCAAAUUUACAACUUUUCGAAACUUCCACAACUAAGCAUUACUGGUCAUCCACUUUGGGGUUGUGCCGAUUUUUGUCAGAUUCUGAUCUUGAGAAAAUAUCAAAGAGGCAGUCUGUUGAUGAUUUUAAGGACAUUGGCAAUAUAAGUUCUGGAAAAGCAUUGGAGAGAUCUGUGUCUCUUUCAGGUCUCAAUACAAAAACUGAGAUAUUGGCAAACAUGAAGCUAGCACCAACAUUGCGUAGAAGUUGUCGUCAAUCAUUGAUAAAUGAGAUUAACGUCAACGACAGAGUGCAAGAUAUCGUCAAGGAGCAUAUUCUAAAACAGCUUGCCAACUCAGUUGAUAGUGAGUCAGAUGAUGAUCUCCAAAAUUACAGCUUUGAUCAACUUCUGGCAAAGAAACAGAGACAAAACUAUCUGGCACAGUCUUUUGAGUCUAAGUUCAACCAACCAGCCCCGUUCAAAAACCAAUGUGAUUUCCCUGAAGAUUCUUUCUCUUCAAAUUACCAUGAAAAUGAGGCUACUUUUUCGUCCAAUGAAGAGAGAGAAGAAAAGGGUAGACAAUCCAGUAAAGAAUCUAGUCCAAUGGGGGAAAAGCCUUCCAAGUUUAGAAGUGAUUACUACAGUCUUUGCAUGGUAGGAUCAAAUCGUAGUUUAUUUUCGGGAAGUAAUGAAGGCGAAUCUGACCAAAUUUUAAUUGAUGAACCACAGUGUGUUAACUGCAAAGAUCCUUCAAAUUGUAGACAAUGUACAAAAGCUAAAAAUACUGAAGAAUUUGAUGAAAUUUCUAGACAACUUCAAAGUCUUUCGAAAACCGUGAAUGCCUUACAGCAGAGCUUGACUGGUGUUGAUAGCUGUGAUUCUGAUGCUGAAUCUAACGAAGAUCAUUCCCACAUGUUUAUAUCACCAAAUUCUGAUUUCCAUGGUGACGGUUAUCAAUGGGUUGAGGAUGAUGAAUUUUAUCUGACACCAUGCGGAGGUGAACUCAUUAUGGGUGCCUCUCCGUUUUCUGAUACAGGUGCUUGUGCCGAGUGGAUUAACGAAUAUGCAGACGACACUUCCUGUAAUGAUGAAUUUGAAUUUUACGGAAACUUUGCUGAUGAAAAAAUUGAUGUUCGUCAAUUCCAAGCUCCAAUUAAAGAGGAGGAAGAAAUUCACAAAUAUGAAGAAUCAAGAACAGUAACUCCACCUGAAAGUAAAUCUCCAAUUCAGAGAGGUAAAAAUGGUCCUCAGCCAUGCGACAGUUACAGUAAACAGAAAGCACUGAAAAAGCUAAGAGGUGAAGGUCAUGUGAGACACCAUAGUGAUGGACAUCUUUCUAAAAUCAAUCAUGAGAGCAAGGCAAAUGGAACCGAGGAAAGGAUUGGUUCUAUUUAUAGAUCAAGGGAGACAACCGAAGAUAACAAGAUGUCUGAUCCACAGGUGAGAGCAGCUAUGUUGGACGCCAUGGUACAUUUAAGUGGAGCUAGCAUGGACAGCUUAGAUGAUAACAUUGGUGUAGAUCAUGUGAUGUGCUCUAGACUCCUAGGUGGAGAUAAAGGACCAGUCCGAUCCACAGGUACCAGAUCAGCUGUAGACCUGUCUCAGUUUUUUGUUCGAUAUGGGGAACCAGAAGAAGAAGCAGUAGCAGCCUUUGAUUUCCUAGAUGAGAUUCCUGCUGAUCCUCUCCAGCAGCAGAUGACAGGUUUAACAAUCAGCCAAUCAAAUACAGUGUCUCAGUGUCCACAAACAGAACUGACCAAUAAGGGACCAGAAGACAAUUCACCUCCUGUUCAAGAACCAAAACAAUUGGAAUCUGAAAAUUCUCAAACUAAAAAGGAAAAGUGUGAAGAUGUUAAAGGGAAUACAGAUAAUAAAAGUAAACUUCAAAAACCGGAAAAAAAGUUUUUCAAUUUCACAAGGAGUAAAUCAACUAAAUCUACAGAUAAUUCUAAAGAAAGGGAUAGUAAGCUUCCAAAGAAGGUCAAAAGUAAAGAGAUAAAGGAAAAAGACAAAGAGACUCCAAAGGAGAAAUCUAAAAUUCCAAAGUUCAGAAGUUCAAGCAGUGAACGAAAAGUUUCUAAGCAGUUCAGUGUCAAAACAAUGCCAGAAAACUCUAUAAAAUCUACAGGUUUAAAACAUUUCAAUUCAGGAUCUCAGGAACAUGUUUUGUCUUUAAAAACAAACAAUAGAAUUGUCGAUAAAUUGUAACUACUAAUUAAACAGAGUUUGGUAUUGUAAAAAGGGGAGAUAAUUUUUGAAGUUAUAAUAUAAUAUUGUUAGAAAACAGUGGACUAGGUGUACCCUUCAGUCUCAGGAAAUUUAUGGCAAUUUUUUGUGAAUAGAAUAAUGGUAAAAAUAAUAAAAUUUCCCUAUUUAAUGCCAAAAAUCACCAAUGAAUUCCACAAGACAAAUGAGGAUGCAAUUUUUAAGACUCAUUUAAUGCCUACAGCAAAAAUGGGUCAACUCAUGUUUGUUGAUAAAGGCUAAUUAUACCCUCUCAUAUAAGUGCUAUGGUUUUCUAAUCCAGAAAAAGUACAAGUCACAAAUAGUUUUAGUAAUUUGUCAAAAUUAAUAAAUUCAUUCUUAAAGUAUUUUUAAGUCAUUAAUUCCGUUUGAUUUCAUGUUUUGUACAUUUUGUUCAUAGUAUAAAUACGAACUCUAAAAGUGGUGGGGAACAUAUUUCAUUUAAAAAAAAAAGAUUUUUUAAGCCAAAAAAAAAGAUACCAAAGGUUUUCAAAGAUAAAAAAAACAUUAUUUUGUGCCAUAGGACAUAUCUCAUGAAUAUUCAUAUGUUCGUUUAUAGUUUAUCUGUACAUUAUUGUACAAUAUAUAUAGAAGAUUUUUAUGCAAUAAAUGAACUAUUGCAGUUUGUUAGAAUAAGUUUAAAGACUUUGUUUUUUUAAAGGUCAAGAAAUUUUUCCUAAUGCAAGUUUUAUACAAUGGAAAUUGACUGCAAGUAUAAUUUAGAUUCAAGGCCAUGUAAAUUAGAUUUUAAUUUGUACAAUGAUCCAUUACAUUUUUAAACUUAGGCCAAAUAAAACUAUAUGUGUGGUUCCAGUUAAACCUUUAAAAAAAAAGGUUGAUAGGUCAGCAAUUUUUAUUUUUCAAUUUCAUUUUGGAUUGUCAAAAUCCAGAAAAAAAUCAUGUAAACACUGAGUCAUAUUUUUUGUAUGAUAAACGUCUUUACCAGUAGUUUGCCAUUUUCCAUGUGUUUGGUUGUAAAAUGAAUAGAUAUGUUAAUUUUGUUGCAUUCUGUUAAGUAUUUGUUGCAUUUUAGUCAUAGUGGAUGCUUUUGAUAAAAAUUCAGGUUAGGUCAGGUAACUGGAGCCACACAGCCUUAAGAACAAACAAUUUUUUAUCAUUUUGUAGAGCCAAGAUUAAUUUGACCUUUGACAUUUUGUAUUUUUUUCAUCAGUUUGAAAAGCUUUUUUGUAUACACACAUUUUAUAUAGGAUUUUUACACUGGUUUUUGAUAUAAUUUUUUAUUACAUCAGUUUGUUACAAGUCUAAGUGUAAUAUGUAUAUUAAAUUUCAUUUAUUUAAAAUGUUUUUUAACACCAACAGGCCAAUAAAUAUUAUAUGAAAUAAGCAUCAGGUCAAUGAAAAUAGUGUUAUGUUUUCAUAGACCCAGAACAUUUUUUUUGAUUAGGAUCUAUACCUUCAGAAUAUUGUAACAGUAGUUAAAUAUGUUUGAAGUAUAACAGAAAAAAAAUGUGUAUAUGUAAGAUUAUUGGUCUUCCAGUGUUAAGAUAGUGUUUUGUAGAUUUUAAUACUCAGCAUACAUGCAAUGUUAAGUUCACAUUUUAAUUUCAAUAAUUUCUGGCAAGUUUUGAAACCAUAUAUUGAAUUUAUCAAAGGGAAAUAUUUUUUUUUUUUUUUUUUAAGAUGGGAGAUAACUCAGGAUGCAGCAAAUAGAAAAAAAAAUAUGUGCAGAUUAUUUAUCUUUAUAUAUAUUUGUAUGUUCAUAUAGAUCAGAUAGAUUGGGAAAUUUAUUUAUUUGAAAUAUGUAUGUGAAGAUAUAAAAUAAAAAAAACAAGAUAAAAACUAAUAAAAAUUUAAGAAUAAAAGAUUCUAUGUAUUGUAAAUUCUGAAAUUUUUGUGAUACAAUUUUUUAUUUGAGAUUGUUGAAGAAUGGAGAAAAUGAGAGAUUAAAUCUAACUUUAUCAAAAAUUGAUACAUACAAAUAAUACUGUCAAAAAAUGAAAAGGUAAAGCGUUUUCGCUAAGCCUAACCAGUUAAAAUUUUUGCAAUUAUAAAUUCAUUGCAAAAAUUUCAGAUUUUUCAGUAUUUGAAUUGAGGUCAGAAUGUAGGACAAAUCUCUUUCAGAUUUUAUAUAUAUUGAUAAAAAUAACCUGUUAAGUCAAUUUUUCCUAUACAGGAAAUGAAAUACAUUAAAUAGAACAUAAAUGAUGGAAACCUGCAUUUUGAUUUAAACUAAUGCUCUGCAAACAACUUCUGAAAACUCUGAAAGAGCUCAAUUGAAUCUGUAACUAAAAAGCGAUGCUUGAGCACUCUGAUCAAUUGGAAUUAAAAAUUUGACUGAAAUACUGAAUUUAUCAAAGUUUAAAUGUCUAAACAUGACAUAAAAUUAACAAUUCAGUCCUUUUUAAGUGGGAGCUGGCUGUCUCAGUUCAGAAUAUGUUUACUAGUGAUCAACAGUGGCCGAUCCAGAAAUUUUCAUAAGUGGGGGCCCACUGACUGACCUAAGAGGGGGCCCGCUCCAGUCAUGCUUCAGUGAUUCCCUAUAUAAGCAACCAUUUUUUUUCCUAAAAGGGGGGCCCGGGCCCCCCGCUAAAUCCGCCUCUGAUCAACAUGUACUGUUAUUAGGUCUUUCAUAGUUUGAAAAAUUUCUAACGUCAUAUAAAUAUGUAAGGAAUUAUUUCUAAUUUUUAGUUUGAAUGAAUUAUAAAUAAACAGUAAGAAAGGCCCUAUGUGAUUAAUUUUGUGAAAAAGUUAUUUUACAAGUAGGGAACAUAUACUCACUAUAGGGGUUAGCCAAAAAAUACAUAAACAUUAGAAAAAAAUAUAUUCCUACAAUUAAAAAUAAAAAUAAAAAAAUCAUCAAAAGGUAGACAAUUAAUACGUGAAAAUUAUUGUGCAUACAUAAUGCAUAACGUUAAGGUAUGACAUUUUUAUUGAUGCACAUGUUCUGGAUGUCUUUGGGUUAUUCUUUAAAAAAAAUUGUUGAAACAUCUAAAAAUAGAAUAUAUUCUAUGUAGUCUAAAGUAUGGUCAAACUAUUUUAUCUAAAAGAAUAAAUAUGGGGAGUUUGACCUCCUUGGCUUUCCGAAAACGACAAAAAGAUAUUCUUGAAUAAUGAAGUACAAUGUAGGCUUCAAGACACAUAUUCCUUUUUUUCAUUGGUUCAUACCAGAUUUUGCCAUAAAUAUCAAAUAUGUUAAUGAAUUUAUUAUCAAUAGGAUUAUUUAGUAUAAGAUUAAUGUUAAGAAGAUAAUCAUGAUUAGGAGAUAGUAAUCAUGUUUAUGAUUAAGUUUGUCUUAAAAUGUUUGUUGGACCUAGUCUCUGCAUUAAAUUAUUAAAACUUGUCAACGACAUGCCAUGAAAAAAUAAAUUAUUCAAAAAUAAA